CGGGGCAACGCCGCGCGCCGAUUGGUGGCGUCCGGGGCUCUCCCUGCAGGUGACUGACGGCGCUGACCACCCGCGCCCGUCGCCCGCCAGCCGCCGCCACCGCCCGCCCGGGGUGUGGAGCCCGGCCUCCGCUCGCGGGCUGCGCGUCUGCCGCUCCCGCCGUCGCCGCCCAGCCUCCGCCAUGGACCUGUUCGGGGACCUGCCGGAGCCCGAGCGCUCGCCGCGCCCGCCUGCCGGGAAAGAAGCUCAGAAAGGACCCCUGCUCUUUGAUGACCUCCCUCCGGCCAGCAGUACUGACUCAGGAUCAGGGGGACCUUUGCUUUUUGAUGAUCUCCCACCUGCUAGCAGUGGUGAUUCAGGUUCUCUUGCCACAUCAGUACCCCAGAUGGUAAAGAAUGAAGGGAAAGGAGCAAAGAGAAAAACCUCUGAGGAAGAGAAGAAUGGCAGUGAAGAGCUUGUGGAAAAGAAAGUUUGUAAAGCCUCUUCGGUGAUCUUUGGUCUGAAGGGCUAUGUGGCUGAGCGGAAGGGUGAGAGGGAGGAGAUGCAGGAUGCCCACGUCAUCCUGAACGACAUCACCGAGGAGUGUAGGCCCCCAUCGUCCCUCAUUACUCGAGUUUCAUAUUUUGCUGUAUUUGAUGGACAUGGAGGAAUUCGAGCCUCAAAAUUUGCUGCACAGAAUUUGCAUCAGAACUUAAUCAGAAAAUUUCCUAAAGGAGAUGGCAUCAGUGUAGAGAAAACCGUGAAGAGAUGCCUUUUGGACACUUUCAAGCAUACUGAUGAAGAGUUCCUUAAACAAGCUUCCAGCCAGAAGCCUGCCUGGAAAGACGGGUCCACUGCCACGUGCGUUCUGGCUGUAGACAACAUUCUUUAUAUUGCCAACCUCGGAGAUAGUCGGGCAAUCUUGUGUCGUUAUAAUGAGGAGAGUCAAAAACAUGCAGCCUUAAGCCUCAGCAAAGAGCAUAAUCCAACUCAGUAUGAAGAGCGGAUGAGGAUACAGAAGGCUGGAGGAAACGUCAGGGAUGGGCGUGUUUUGGGCGUGCUAGAGGUGUCCCGCUCCAUUGGGGAUGGGCAGUACAAGCGCUGCGGUGUCACAUCUGUGCCUGACAUCAGACGCUGCCAGCUGACCCCCAAUGACAGGUUCAUUUUGUUGGCUUGUGAUGGGCUCUUCAAGGUCUUUACCCCAGAAGAAGCCGUGAACUUCAUCUUGUCCUGUCUUGAGGAUGAGAAGAUCCAGACCCGGGAAGGGAAGUCUGCGGUCGACGCCCGCUACGAAGCAGCCUGCAACAGGCUGGCCAACAAGGCGGUGCAGCGGGGCUCGGCUGACAAUGUCACCGUGAUGGUGGUACGGAUAGGGCACUGAGGGGUGGCGUGCGGCCAGGAGCACCCAUUGUAUUGACUUAAAAGGUUCAUUUUGUGUGUGUGUGCACAUUGUGUGUUUUGUGUACUCCUGUGGGACUCCCAUGGUUGUAAAUAAAGGUUUCUGUUUUUUUUUUU